ACGGGUUGUGAAUAGAUACAGUACAGCUACGACCGGAAGUGACUUUUCAUAGUACGCUAGUAGAGGAUUUUAGCUAACCUUAACCUAAUUAUCCUAACCUGCUACGAAAAAGUAACUUACGGUCAUGGAUGUAUACUCAAAGAUGUGUUCUAUCUGUGCUACCACAUAGUCCAAACCCUUUGGACGGGCAUCUGCUAGUGUCUACUGAAUGACAUCACUUCAUCCAAACAUUCCCACACCUUUCCUGCAACUCUCAAGUCUCUCUGCGGGAGGUUAAUGGAUUGGAAGAUGAAAAGUUUUCAGAUGUCCUGUCUAAGAUGAUUGAACUCACAAACCAGAAACCCUGAAGGGACUCCUGGACCCCUGACAGCUAGCCUAGCCUGUCAGCGAUGUCUCCCAAAGUGCCUGGCCAUGGCAGGGCGGAGGACAUGGCGGUGCAGGUCGCUGUUCGAGUGCGCCCCCUGCUGCCCAAGGAGCUGCUGCACAGCCACGAGAGCUGCAUGACGGCUGACCCUGAGCAGCGCAGGGUCACUCUGGGUCACAACCGACACUUCCACUGUGACUUCCUGUUUGAGGAGACCAGCUGCCAGGAGGAGGUGUACGCUGUGUGUGUCCAGCCCCUCAUAGAGGCCUUCUUUCAGGGCUUCAACACCACUGUCUUCGCCUAUGGACAGACGGGCUCUGGCAAGACAUACACUAUUGGAGAGGCCAACAUUUCUUCCUUUAGGGAUGAGGAGCAGGGCAUCGUCCCCAGGGCUGUGGCUGAGGUCUUCAAGCUGCUGGAUGAGAAUGACCUCAUUGACUUCUCUGUCCGAGUGUCUUACCUGGAGGUGUACAAGGAGGACUUCAGGGACCUGCUGGAGGUGGAGACAGCCAGCAAGGACAUCCACAUCAGAGAGGAUGACAAGGGCAACAUUGUGCUGUGCGGGGUGAAGGAGUGUGAGGCGGAGGGGCUGGACGAGGUGCUGAGCCUGCUGGAGUCUGGCAACACAGCCAGACACACAGGUGCCACCCAGAUGAACCCCCACUCCAGCCGCUCACACACCAUCUUCAGCGUGCAUAUGGACCAGCGCCGCGGCGGCUCCUGUGCCCAUGGUAACCCCACCACGGGCACCGGGCCUCACGUCCUCUCCUCUAAGUUCCACUUUGUGGACCUGGCGGGGUCGGAGAGGAUCCUCCGCACAGGGAACACAGGGGAGAGGCUGAAGGAGAGCAUCCAGAUCAACAGUGGCCUGCUGGCCCUGGGGAAUGUCAUAGGAGCCCUGGGAGACCCCAAGAGGAGAGGCACCCAUAUACCAUACAGGGACUCCAAAAUCACCAGGAUCUUGAAAGAUUCUCUGGGAGGAAACGCCAAAACGCUGAUGAUUGCAUGCAUUAGCCCCUCCUCUGUGGACUUUGACGAGAGCCUGAACACACUGAACUAUGCCAAGCGGGCCCGCAACAUCCAGAACCGGGCCACGGUGAACUGCCGAGGAGAGCCGGACCGUGUGGAGGGGCUGGAGCAGCAGAUCCGGGCGCUCCGCAGGGCUCUUGAAAACCGUCAGCGCUCAGAGACCCGUAUCAUUGCCCGCUCGGACCCAGACAAGCGGUCUCGCCCCGGAGAGGGAGAGAUCAUCACACUGCAAGCCCAGAGUGCCCACUACAGGACCUGCACUGACACUGCAUACAGGUUGCUGUGUGAGCUGCAGGGUGAGGGGGCGCUGACUGUGGAGCAAGGCCUGAGGGUGAAGGACUGGCUGUGUUCUGUGGAGGAAGAACGCAGCGGCCUGACCACUGCCUCAGGACCUGACAGCGGCAUCGAGAGCAGCUCCACCGAGGACACCGCCGCUCUGAGGAGGGGGAGGGCUGCCAUUAAGAACCAGGAGGCAGAGAGUGGUGGGGAGGAGUGGGGCCGUCAGAAGGAGGAGAGUGUGGCUCAGCUCCAGGGCCAGGUCCAGCAGCUGGAGAGAGAGAACACAGACUUCCUGGCUGCUCUGGAGGACGCCAUGGAGCAGUACAAACAGCAGAGUGAUAAGCUGCAGGAGCAGCAGGACGUGAUAGUGGAGCUGCAGUGCCUGCUCUCGGGGCCAGGUGUACCGGGGCUGGGAUUACACCUGACACCACGCCCCCACACCGCCCCCCAGGGCUCCACGCGCCACUCCCACAACGGACUCACCAACAGACAGGUUGGUCCACUGGAGAGCAGCUCAUUUGGUGACCAGAUCCAGUGUGGUUAUGGUCAAUCUUCUCAUGACCACGAGGACCUGGGAGGGGGAGAGGUGAAGGACUCUGAGGAGGAGGACACUUACGUCAACAUGAGCCAUGACAGACGGAAACACGUGAAUCUGACUUGGACUAAGAGAGAUAUCAUGGGUGGAUCAGCAGCUGGAGGGAGAGGUCUCCUGUCUCAGCUGCCUGGGCUGCCUGCCUCUGAACAAUUCUCCACCAGGCGACCAUCCAACUCCAGUGUAGGGGAGAGCUCAGUGGGGCUGGGGUCAGAGUGGGGCCUGCUACAGGCCCAGCAGAAGAUCAGAGAGCUGUCUGUCACCAUCCGCAUGAAGGAGGAGCUCAUCAGAGAACUGGUCAAGACAGGUAAGGACGCCCAGGCUCUGAACAGGCAGUACACCCGUAAGAUCUCUGCCCUGGAGGGGGAAGCUGAGCAGGCCAGGCAGGAAGUCCAGGAGGCCCAGAGACAGCUUCAGGAUCUGGAGAAACAGGAGAAGGAGACCAGCGGUGUCACUGACAGGACCAGGGCCCAGGAGUGUCGCAGGAAGAUAGCUGCAGCACAGAGCAAAGUACAGGUCCUGAGCCAGCGUCAGAGGGACACUGCACGGCUGGCCUCACUGUCUGCGCAGAGCGAGCGGCGUGUUUCGGAGCUGGAGCGCAGCGUGCAGGGCAUGAGGCAGCAGCAGGAGCAGCUGCAGAGACGUCUGCGACACGAGAGCCAACAGAAACGACGUCUGGAGACAGAGAUGCAGCGACGCACGCACAGAGUCAAGGAGCUGGAGAUAAAGAAUGAACAGCAGCAGAAGAUCCUGAGGAUAAAGACGGAGGAGAUUGCUGCCUUCCAGAGACAGAGACGUAGCGGCAGCAACGGCUCUGUCAUAUCACUGGAGGAACAGCUGAAGAUUGAGGAGCAGAAGCGCUGGCUGGAUGAGGAGAUGGAAAGUGUUCUGGAGCAGAGGAAAGGACUGGAGGACCUGGAGGGAGAGCUGACCAAGAGGGAACAGAUCCUAGCCAAGAAGGAGGCCCUGCUGCAGGAGCGCAGUGGCCUGGAGACCAAGAGACUCCGCUCCAGUCAGGCCCUCAGUGAGGACCUGGUGACGCUGUCUGGCCGUAUCGAGUCUCUGGAGCGGGAGCUGAGUGACAGGAACGGCCUGCUCCGCAGCAGCAGUGCCCAGGACUCCCAGCAGAUCCGCCAGGAGAUCAACAACCUGCGCCAGGAGAAGGACACACUGCUCAAACAGAGAGUGGAGCUGGAUGACAAACUACGACAGGGUAGUCUGCUCUCACCAGAGGAGGAGCGGUCUGUGUUCCAGCUGGACGAGGCCAUCGAGGCUCUGGACGCGGCUAUAGAGUAUAAGAACGAGGCCAUCACCCAGAGACAGAGGCAGCUGAGGGCCUCUGCCAGCAUGCUCUCCCAGUGGGAGAUGAACCUCAUGGCCAAACUCAGCUACUUGUCUGCCUCAGAGACCCGUGCACUGCUCUGCAAGUACUUUGACAAGGUGGUGUCGCUGCGGGAGGAGGAGCGUAAGCUGCAGCUGGCCCUGGCAGAUCUGGAGAUGCGUGGUGAGGAGCAGCUGCAGCUGGUGCAGUGGCUGGAGAACGCUCUGGACCGCACGCAGCUCGACACGGACCGCAGGCUCACACAGCAGCAGAAGGAGCACGAGAGGAGUGUACAGCUACUGCUGCAGCAGUGCCGAGAGCAAAUGGACGAGGGCCUGGCGGGGAGGCAGAGGCAGUACGAAGGCUGGAUCCAUAACCUCAGUAAAGAGCUCAACCACUACAAGGCUGCCAACCUGGAACUGAGCAACCGGUUCAGGGAGCUGUGUGGCAACGCCAGCCAACCCAUGGAGCAGGGAAAGGUUCCGGUCUUUGAGGGCAGAACAGCAGGCAGUGGCAGUGUGGAGAGGCUGAGCCGAGGCCCAGACGACAGCCGUAGGGGAGGACCAGGGGAGCCAGAGAGACCAACCAGGUCCCGGGAGGAAAUAAGGAGCUGGUCAACGCCCCUCUCCCUGCCACAUGGAGGCGCUCCUCCCUCCCCACUGAGGACCCCUGCGGCAUGGAGGAGUUACAGCAGCAGGUGGCCAUGGAGACGCCUGUAAAGCGGGUGGUUCAGACCGGUACGGGCCCUUGGAGUGGGACGACAUCUCUGCCAUUUGCCAAAUCACGCAGAGAGUCCCGCCGAUCCAGCCUCAAUACCGGACCAUUGAUCUCAAACAGUUCCAGAAUUGAUGUGAGGAAAAAUCCUGUUUAGAAGCACAAGGACCUCAUGGUAGAAUCAAGUUGAAAAGCAAAAGGACCUUAGGCAGAAUUCAGUUUAAAUGCCAAAGGACUUAAUGGCAGGAUCCUGUUUAAAAUGCAACAGUAUCAAGUUCAAUUCAACAUGUCAAAAUUUACUUUUUUUUAACCUGUUUUCAUAUUGUUAAAAUUAUGUAUUUGUUUUAUAACCUGUAAGUAUCUUUUUCAUUCAUCCAUUCUUAUUUUUCUAUAUUUGUGGUUUUAUAAAUAAAUGUUGGAAGAAUGCUCUUCAUUUUCUACAUCAAGCACUUUUCUUUUCCUCCGUGUAAUUCAUAUCCGCUUUUACAAUCAUAGACGUUGUCAUCAUCGGUUAUAUCCUUCACUGUUGCUAUUUAUCCUUCACUGUUGCUAUUUUGUCAUCACUACCCAUUUCUGUAUGUGAAAUAAAAUACGAUUCUUGCUUCUGUAAUCCCAUACAUUUGGACAUCAAUCAAUAAAAUGUAUUUUGUAAAGCC